AUGGCUUCCUCUUCGCAGCCGCACCGCAGCUCCUGCGACCAGCCACAACCGGAACGUCGUACCUCAGAAGCAAGCUCAGUGGCUGUUCCCAUCUCGCUGUCCUUCUCGUCAUCUCUUCCAUCAAGCGAGACCCUCGAUUUGGAUUACCACGCACCGGGCGGAAACUCAGGGCUACCCUAUCUCGACUCGCUGCCUUCUCUCGCACCACAAAGGGAUAGCAUCGCGCCGCAACGCAAAAGCGUAGUCCCAAGCACUCGGACGCAGGCCCAGGAUAAGCGCGAGUCCAACGUUUUGCCGCCAGCAGCAGCAGUCUCGCCUCGACUAGCACCAGCAGCCUUCGAUUCGCCAUCGCUCGCGCAUCUGAGCUCGUCAAGAUCGUCGUUCGACUCGACCGCAACAGCAUCACCCAAGGAUACAAGUCUCAACUCCCCGACCAUCGACAGAGGCGCCAUCCGAUCAGCAUCGCCUUACAACAGCCCGGACAUCACCAUCACCGUUCCAGGCAGCACCGCAUUCACACAAGAACAGGAAAAGAAGAACCUAUUCGUCCUCGCUUCCAACUACACCUCCGAGCACCGCCACACGGAUAACACGUCCACCUCCUCGAAGCGCUACUCCAAGGUUCUAAACGGUCUCGGGCUGUUUGGUGCCGGCUCUAAGCGCAAGAACCAACUCGCAAGAAGCGGCACUUCGUCUAGCUCCAACACGCGCAACAGCAUGGGUCUUCGCGUUGAUACCUCGAUCCCCAUGGAGGAUCCCCUCAUUGAAGAGGCCGACGACGCGAGCUCGAGCAGCGGUAGUCAUCAUGGCGGCGGCCUCGGGUCAUCUUCAAAACCACGCCCGGCUGGAGUCAGUCCGCUCCCAUCCCCUGGCCACACAUACAAGGCUCCCACCGCACACCACCUCCUUGGCGGCCUCGGUAUCAGCCAUCCCCAAGGCCUCUCUUCGUCCUCCAGCAUCAUGUCGCAUGAAAAGUACCCAUCCACCCAAUCCGACGCCUUCUCCAACGGCCUCGUACCCGUGCUCAACAUCGAUGACUCCUCCAGCUCCAUCUACUCUUCCUCCAGCCCGCGUCGACCGUAUGCACCGGGCAGCUUCACCAACGGCCCACGCACGCCUCUGUCCGCCACCGCCUCCCCCAACGGCUCCUCCUUCUUCUUCGACGAGAAGAAGCUCGGCAACGAUUCGCCUGCGCCAUCGAUCUUUGCCGGCUCGCAGGACAUCAAGAUGUGGGGCGACUACGAUGCCGAAUCGGAGCCUGACGAUUACCUGCACGAGCCGGAUGCCGAGAAGGACGCCAAGGCUGCGCCUAAUAGAGGGAUGCUCUCGCCACGCGGGCUUCUCAACAUCGGCACGCUGGCGAUCAUCGGAUUGUCGCUGAUCGCGCUGUUCGGCGGCUAUCCCGUGUUCUCCUGGCUCUCAAGGUCACACGCGACCACCAAGGGCGGGUUCAACUUGGGUGGUAUCAACGCGACCGGUCAGGUGGCCGAUCUGCACAUUGGCAGGGACCUCGUCGAUCCAGACACGCCGGACAACGUCAAGACGCGACGCACGCUCGACGGCACCAACAGACAGAUGAACCUCGUCUUUAGCGACGAGUUCAAUCGCGAUGGUCGAAGCUUCUACCCUGGCGACGAUCCGUUCUGGACCGCCGUCGACCUGCACUACUGGGGCACAGAGAACUACGAAUGGUACGAUCCGUCCUCGGUGACGACGGCGAAUGGAUCGUUGGUCAUCACGCUCGACCAGAUUCCGACGCACAACCUCAACUUCCGCGGCGGCAUGCUGCAGUCGUGGAACCAGAUGUGUUUUACGGGAGGUUAUAUCGAGGUUUCGAUGGUGCUACCCGGUGCUCCGGAUGUGCCAGGUCUGUGGCCUGCUGCUUGGACAAUGGGCAACCUGGGUCGAGCAGGGUACGGCGCGACGACGGACGGUAUGUGGCCGUACACCUACGACACGUGCGAUGUGGGCACGCUGCCCAAUCAGACGUAUGCCAAUGGUACGGGUCCCAUUGCGGCCCAGACGACGGGUGUGUACGUCGAGAAGUACGGUCCGUACCUUUCGUACCUUCCCGGUCAGCGAUUGAGUCGAUGCACGUGUGCCGAUUCGGACGAUCAUCCGGGACCCAAGCACGCCGAUGGCACCUGGGUCGGCCGCUCCGCCCCGGAGAUCGACAUCAUCGAAGCUGCUGCUGCGCACACGCGUGGUCAACGUGGAUUCGCAUCCAUGUCUGCUCAGAUCGCACCUUUCAACACUGGCUACAACCUCUCUGAAGGUGCUGGAACGACCGAGUUCUUCUCCCCCGACGCAGAGCUCAACAGCUACACGGGCUCACCGUACCAACAAGCCGCCUCAGGUCUAGUAUACACCGACCGCUACGCGUACCAAGACACCCUCGCCCAAUUCUCGUCCUACGGCUUCGAAUACAACCCCGGUUCCGAUCCCGAUUCGUACAUCCUCUGGACGCGCGAUGGUCAACCGAUGUGGAAGCUCAACAGCGCGGCACUUGGUCCCGACGCAGGAACGCAGAUCGGUCAACGACCCAUCCCUUACGAACCCAUGUAUAUCCUGUUGAACCUCGGCAUCAGCGCCAGCUUCACCACCGUCGAUUGGCGACACCUCAAUUGGCCCGCGCAGAUGCUCGUCGACUAUGUAAGGGUCUGGCAGGUCGAGGGUGAAGAGAACGUUGGAUGCGAUCCCGAGAAUGCGCCGACCGCGGCGUAUAUCGAGAAGCACAAGGAGGCGUAUUACAAUGCGAAUUUGACGACGUAUACCGAGACGAGGGAGCGAGGUGGGUAUGGACAGAAGUUUCCGGGCAAUUCGAUGUUGGGUCAGUGUUAG